AUGAGUGAUAAUAAAGAAAUAAUAACAGUAACAUUUGGUGAUCAAUAUCCUAAUGACAAUUUUAAAUUGUUAGAGAUAAACAAUGAAAUAUUACAAGAUUUAAAUUUGAAUGGAAGGUUGUAUAUCAAGGGUGUCGAUAAAGGAGAUGAAGCUAUAUUGUGUACAUCGGAUAAGACAUAUAUCAUGAAGAGCGCACACACAUCAAACUCUAUGAUGCUGACAAGAGACUAUGCCAUUCUCUCACUGCAGCAACUUCACUACGAAAUGAUAGAGAUUCCACCAAGACUAGCAGCGUUAAAGUCGAUUCUAUUGAAGAGAGCGAUCGACUCUGACACCUACGACAUCAACUCUGUCGGUUAUCAUCUCUCUGAACUAGAGUCACUCGUUCAAGCAAGUAACCAACAAUUAAAACAAUAUAUGGAUAGUGUUUUAAAUGUAUAUUAUAUAGAGAAUGAUAAAGCAUCAUUACUAUCAGAUAGAUAUCAUGCUAGAAUAGUUGAUCUGAUACUUACAGAGAUUACUAUUAAUGGAUGGUCCUAUCAAUCGAUUCCCAUCGAUGAGUGUGUUUCAAAGAUAGAAGUUAAAUCGAAAUCACUUUUGGAUUAUAUAUUCAAAAUCUAUGCUUCAAAGUGUCAGGAGGAUGGUUAUUAUAAAUUAAAUAGUGAUUUAAUAUGUAUAUUUAGAGGUAAACAAAUAUUGUGCGAGAAUAAAUCAAUGGAGAUGUCAAAGUUUAUGGAAAGUUGGAUCGAUGUACUACCUAUUGGAUUCACACCAAAGUUUGAGCAAUUGAGCGGAAUUGCGAUUACCACCACAAAGAGCAGUAAACCUUUUGCAACCUAUUUCAACCAAGAAGAACUAACAAUAGUACCAAAGGAUAGAAUGACACUGAUGUUCAAACAAAAUCCAAAAUGGACAUUACCAGAUAUGUUACCAUAUAUAAAACCAAUUUUACCAGCAAAUGAAAAGAGUAUAGAAACAUUUAUUUUAAAGUUUGCAAGAGCAACUACUGCUCCUGGUACCAAAGAAAAGAUUUAUAUCUCAAGAUAUUAA